AUGGAAAACUUCCAAACCACUUUCAACUCCAACACCACGUCAGCCAAUGAAGCUUUAAAGAGUCUGGGCUCUCUCUUCAAAACUGAGAAGACAAAACUACAAGAGAUUCGCACUGGUCUGAAAACUGACCAUGAAACAUUUCAAGCCACUAUCUCCUCUCAAAUUUCACAUCUUAAAGACGAACUGAUAAAAGAGAGUAACAUCAAGGACUCUCUCGCACUCAAGUCAGAAGAAGCAAAAGUGUUAAGUGCCAAACUGGAAGCUUCAGAGAAACAGAUUAGAGGGUGUUCCGGAAUCUAG